CAGACGUCAGCCACGCGAUCCUCACGGUCAACACUUGGACGAAUUAAAUAACUCCAUUCAAUAAUCUGUCCCGCUUUAAUCAAGAGUUGAAGGUUUUAUCUCAAAUCUGGAGUUGAUGAAGUGAAUGAUUGUUGUGGAUACACUCGCAGUCAGAUGAGGAAGAGGAAGAGAAUUAUGGGGAUGCAGUAGUCCUGGGCGCGGGAUUUCACAUCGGUAUUUCAUAAAAUACGUUAAUUUUCUCAUCCUGACUUGGGUGCAACUCCAGGACGUACCCACACGUAUCCUCUGAGAAAUGACAUAAUUGCACCAGUCACGAGGGCUUGCGAAAAAUAAUAACCCCCCGGGGGGGCGGUGAGGGGGAGGGGGUAAAAAAAGCCAGGGAUUCGUAAUUGCUCGUACCUGACGGAGUUGUUUUGUUUUUCAUCGUUUUUUCUUAUUUAAAACUCCUUUGGAUGUAUAAUUUGAGGAGACUUUUGGGUGGUAUUUCAAUCACUUCUUCCUCUCUCUCGUUGGAGUAGAAAAAGGAGACGUUUAGCUGGAUAACCAGACGUACCUUUUUUAUUUUCUUUUUUUUUUUUUUUUCAUCGUGAAAAUGAGGUAACAUUAUGGGCAGUAAACUGCUGGACAUGAAUGUUACGAGUUGAAGAUGGUUGUUUUUUUUUUUUAAAAACGUGGUUCUUCGAGAUUUUAACGGAGCAACUGCUCUCGAGAGCAAUGUGAAUGCUAAAAAUCAGGCUGAAAUGGCUUAUGUACUCUGGCGAGUGUUGACAAAGAAAUAUGCAAAGGUGCGGCUUGGACUGGCAAGUUUACCGGUGAUUCCCGCGGAGCGUCGUGUACCAGGAGAGAAGGAGGAAACGUGGACUCUGGCGUCCGAUGUCCCGUUUUCCGAUGCAGGAAAGUCUGAUGAUAAUCUGGAGUUUAAGAAUUUCGAUGAGACGAGGGAUGACGAGGAAUUCGUUGAUGCUAGUGACCUUUCACGGUGUCAGGAUAAUCGGAAAAGUCGUGCCAAGAAAGUCAAGAGCUAUCUGAAAAAGUGCAAGGGAGCGUUGUCAUCAGCACGUGAGGAUUCAUCAUCACGUGGACAGAGUAGAAAACAAGCGGCUCGCUGUCGUCAGAAGAGGCACUCAACUUCAUCAUCGUGGUACCUCGAUGACUCGACGCCCUUGAGAAUCGAUGGGAAUCAAUCAGAGGUGAUUGUACAGAUUAAAGAGAAUCUACCGACUAGGACAACGUCAUUGACGAGAGAUACCGAGGAGACUGUAACUAGGACAUCACCUAGGAGAUUCGGCUCGGAGAGUUUACUCGAUUCGGAUAGGGUCACUGAUGAGACCAGUGUUGAGGAUGGUGUGUGUCAUCCAGGGGAGAUUGAUGGACAGGACAUCGUCAGGGACAGAGAAUGUCACCAGGGGGAUCCAAAGAAUGAGGAGAACCAGGAGAAUCGAGUAAUCGAGUUUGAUCAGGAGAAUCCAGAGAGAAUCACACCUUUAGCGUGUCGAAUCGUCGGUGGGAAUCGAGGAGAUGUUGCCUCUCUGGUGCGAAACCUCUUGGGUCCGAUCUACGGUGAAAAAGUGCUGGAUCCACUGACGAGACAAGCGAGGGACAUUCUGGUUUGUGCUUAUCACGGCAACCUGGAGAGCUUCGUGGACUCUUAUCUCUCACCUGCCUCCAUUCUCCUGAGCGAAGUAAAAAGCGCCGUCACCGAAAUAGAUGACGAGUCCCUGCCAAAAGGUUGGCCACUGACCCUGUCAGGUAUUGGCCUGAUACUUCAUCUUGGAGAGCUGGAGUCAUCAUCGCUGAGACAUGGAGAGUGUUAUCUCUGCGUGAGAAAUAGUGUCCCGUCAGAUUCCACGAAGUCAGAGUGGAGUAUCACCGAUACAGUCGAGAUUGCUCUCGUGUGGAGAACGUCGAUGCGUACCAGAGGAAUACUCGACUGGGAGAACGAGUUCAUAAACAAGGAGAAGGUUGAUGGUGGAGGUAAAAGGAACGAGGAUACACUGGGUUCGACGCUCGAGCCACCGCAUGUAUUUUCACCCAUCGCAAUUGUCCAAGAGGUAGUAACCGAUGAGGAGUACAAGCUGACUUGUCCCAAGCUACCAACAAUGAGACUUGAGCAGCGACAGACUGGCAGACGCAAGGAGGAGGCCAGAAUGAAGAUCGAGGAUCUCAAGAGGCCAAAUUAUCUCGAGUCUGUUAUCAAUGCCACGAGAUCGUCGGAUUUAACCGAUGAUGACAGCUCAGAUGAGCUUGCCAAUCUCAUUGGCACUCUUCUACUCACUGUUGAACGUAAAAUAGAGCGUGUCAGCAUCGAUGACAUAAUAUUUCCCUGUCCUGCAUGCAGAAACAUUGACACUGACGAUCCAUUACUCGGCUGCAAAUGCAGCGGUCUCGAGGACACAACUGGUCACACCGAUGAUUGCGGCUGCGGUAAUGCCACGGAAAAAUCGAAAACCUUUGAGGUCGCCGGCAUAAAGCACAUUGACAGUGACGACGAGGAAGAGGUCAGAAUGGGCUUCGGGGCAAAGAGACUGGAGGAAGUGCCAUCGCCGAGGUCAAUUCACGAUUUGCCAGAACGUGUUCUCCAUUGCGGCCUGCGACUGCCAGGAUAUGCGGACGACGCGAGUGGCAGACUCGUGCUGGAGUUUGAGAACGAGACAACGGGGAGAGAAAAAAUUUGCCCGAGGGAAAUUGCAUCAUACCUUUUGUACCUCGCGAGACUACACAGUUCUGAUCGUACGAAGAACGGAUGGACACUAGUUAUUCGAGGAGGUAAUGAAGAGGAUCUGGAGACAUUAGACCGAGCACUUGUACUUGUACAGGGUCGUGUGCACGUGCGUCUCGCUCUGUUACUGCGAAAUAAUCAGGACCAAGACCAGUCCGUCGACUCGCAAUUUCCCCGGAGUCACGUCAAGAUAUCGAGCGUCGAUGAUGCCACGAUUAAUCGGCGAUUCCCCCGGAGAAGGGACCAACCAUUUGAUCAGGACCAGUGGAUCGCUUUUUACAAGGAAUAUGACUCUGUGAUGUCAGACUGGCAGGCAUCAGGUCGUCGCCUAGUGCUCGAAAUGUCAGAAUUAAAAGACAGCAGUAAUGUGGGCACCUCCCUGACACCCCUGAGUCGUCUCCUGAGCGAGUCAUCAUCAUUGAGAAGUACCCGAGAGAUGAGUGAGGCACUGUCUCUUCUGGAGGAUCGUGCUGCACCAGUGUCACACCUGGAGUACACAGUGGGUGCAGUGAAACGUGCGAGACGACUAAUGGACGAGGUAUCCAAUGCAGCAACAAGACUCGAGAGUUCAUUCGAGUCGCGUCGGGCUACAAUGAGAAAUUUGGCUGUUCUACGGACGAUUGAGGAGCAGGCGAGAGAGGUACUUUCUUGGCUGUGCAAGAAGGGAGAGGAUGUACUUGCGAAACACGCCAGACACACGGCAACGACCCUCACAGCAGCACGUCUGCACGAGAGGGAUUUUGAGAAAUUCUAUUUUGCAUCUAUGAGACAUCUGGAUAAGGGUAGUGAUCUGGCCGAGGCAGCUGGUACGAGUGGUCUCGAUGAACUAGCGAGAUCGUUGCGGGAACAUCUGAGGGAUUUUGGAUCGCGACUUGAUGAGCGUCGUGAGACUUUGGAGGAUACAUCGCGAUGCUGCCUCCUGCAGGAUCGUGCCCAGGAGUGGGCGCACGAGGCAAGAAAUUCGGUGGAACGUGCCAAUCAGAAGUUCUACGCACAGCCACCAGCACCACUGCCAGCCGAACACUUUGCGGAGAUGGUGAGCCUCGCGGAGAAGCUAGGUAAUGAUACCCUGGUGGAGCAGUGUCGAAAUGUAAUCAGCAAGUGCCAGGAAAUUGGGGAAUUGAUGAGGUUACACUCAACACCAGACAGUCCAAGUGGUCGUAGAAGGUCUUUUGCCACUUCAGAAUCAGCUGCUGAGUCCAACUCGUGGGAUGAUACUGACAGCAAUGCUGGGUCUUGUCCCACUGAGAGUCCUGUCGGUGUCAGUGGUGGUUCUAGACCCACUUUGGACAAUAUCGCUGAGCUUGGCGAGAGUGGGGAUCAGCAACUCCUGGAGACACCACCUCGCAGUCCCCCAAGGAGUCCAGCUGCUAGUAGACGUCUGGGAAAACCCCCGGUGAAUUCACAUCUUCAAAGAUCACCCAGCAUUGCGCCGGCCGGAAUGAAAGCCAAGAAAACUAUUUUACUAAUAAUGAGGGAAAUGAUACAGACUGAGAGAGAUUACGUCAAGUCCCUGGAGUACAUCAUAGAGAACUAUAUUCCAGAACUGGUUAGGGAGGAUAUACCGCAGGCAAUGAGAGGCCAGAGAAAUGUUAUAUUCGGCAAUGUUGAGAAAAUAUAUGAAUUUCACAGUCAGCAUUUUCUCCGAGAGCUCGAGCAGUGUGAGCACAGUCCAAUGAUGGUUGGACAGUGUUUUCUACGGCAUGAGAAUAAAUUUUAUCUCUACGCCCUUUACAAUAAGAAUAAACCAAAUUCCGACUCACUUAUGGCCGAGUACGGGACAAAUUUUUUCAAGGCUAAGCAGCUUGAGCUUGGCGACAAGAUGGAUCUUGCCAGUUAUCUUCUGAAACCUGUGCAGCGGAUGGGAAAAUAUGCCCUGCUUCUUCAGCAAUUAGUCAAAGCAGGCACUGACCUCUCUGAACAAAUGGCAGGCAAGGGUGACAAUGGAUCGGCCGAGGAAAGUAAUGGUGUCAGACCGAUUGUCGAAGGGGAAGCCGAGCUCAGAGCUGCUGAACAGAUGGUGCGCUUUCAACUGAGACAUGGAAAUGAUUUGCUCGCCAUGGACUCACUCCGUGAUUGUGAUGUGAAUGUGAAGGAGCAGGGGCGACUUCUUCGCCAAAACGAGUUCCUGGUAUGGCAGGGGAAAGGUAAAAAAUGCCUGAGGCAAGUGUUCCUCUUUGAAGAUUUGAUACUAUUCAGCAAGGCGCGACGAUUUCCUGACAGGAAGAAUCUCGAUAUUUAUAUCUACAAGCACAGCAUCAAGACCACUGACAUAGGAUUGACAGCUGUUAUGGCAGAUUCACCAACUAAAUUUGAAAUAUGGUUUAGAAAACGAAAACCUGGGGAUACGUACACUCUUCAGUGUGCCAGUGAGGAUAUCAAAAAGGCAUGGACUGAGGAAUUGAGCAAUCUGUUGUGGAAGCAGGCGCUUCGUAACAGAGAAGUGCGCCUUGCCGAGAUGUCGAGCAUGGGAAUUGGGAAUAAACCGUGUCUCGAUAUUAGACCGAGCGCUGACCAAAUCAGCGAUCGCUCCAUUAGUGUUGCACAAUUAUCGAAAACUCCAAGAUUUAGAAACUCAAUAGCAGUGUCGGUAUCAGAGGACUCUGGCCGCUGUAGUAGACGUCCUCAUAGUGUAAUAUCAGUGAGUUCUUCAUCAAGCAGUGGAGGAAGUAGUGCAGGUCCUCCAACAGCUCUGCAUCUAGGUUUGGAUUGCAGCCCAAGGCUUCACCACCGCAGUACCACUUUGAAUAGCCAGUGUAGUGUUGAAAGCGGAAUAAUCGCUGACAUUUCGAUAACAUCGGACGACGGGGUAGACAGUGGUGAUAGAAAUCAUUGGAAAUCGACACUGGAGAGUCCAACAUCUUCCCAUCCACCCACCACCUCAACACCACUACAAUCACCAACGAGUUCUCACGCACCUGUUGUUCCAUCCACCUCAUCUUCCACAGACGUUAAUCUAACUCCUUAUGAUCAGGAAAUGUCCAUAAACUUGUAAACUCAAAUGUACUCAUGAAAAAUCAACGGAAAAAUUGAAAAUAUUUCUGUAAACGUAGGAAAACUCAUUAAGUAGCUCUGACACUGGCCUGUAAGCGCAAAAGCCAAAUACUUCUAUUAUCCGUUUUAUUUUUAUUCGAAGUUUAUAUGAUUUAUCUGUUUUUUAUUACUUUAGGCACUCGUGUCGAUGUUUUGGAGUGGCUUGACAUUUUUUAUUGGAUUAAAAUGAUGUACAAUGAUUAAGCCAAUCCCAAGACAAAAACACAUGAUGACUUACUUGAAUCAUUUAAAUCGGGUAAAUUACUUGAGUUCUAUCAAUUAUCCAAGUGAGUCAGGCAGAGUUGUGGCCUUCAAUUGUCAGGGUCAUCUGCCAGGGUAUUGCCAGUGAUACCUCAUGGACAGUGGCCUGCAGAGUUCAAUUAUUUUGUACAUUUUUGUUUAUACCUUAUGAUUUUUAUUGUUCAUUGCAAAAAAUGCUUCUAGCACUUGUGUUAGAUGAUUCCAUGAUUCUAAUCAAGCACAAUGAAAAAAUUAUCAGGUACAAUCGGCCGUUCUCCCUCGUCCUAAAGCUAUUCAGUUUAUGAAAAUGAAUAGUUAUUUUUCUUGGAAAAAAUCAACCCUUUGUUGAAUUCACUUUUCAAUUCUUCAGAUGAUUUAUAGGAGUUGGGGACUUCUGCCAUAACAAUUGUACCUUUCUUUUUUACAUAUUUGUAAUCACUCAAGUCAUACCCCUUUCCCCAUCCCCUCAAUCUUCAGAUAUUUAUUAAUAUAUAUUUUUUUGUAAGAACUCCGUUAUUAUUAUAUCGAUAAUUGUGCGACGGCAAGUAGAAGAUGACAAGUGCUGAUUGGAGCUGUUUCACUUAUCCAGCACUCGUCGCCUUUUAUUUUUCUAUCAAACGAGAUAAACAAAUGGUACUUAACAAUUUAAUAACAAUCAAUUAAAUCUGUAUAUAUUACAAUUAAAAUGACGAUUUAUUUCAGUAUUGUACUUGCAUCUAACACCGAUGUAUUUUAUUAUAUCAAAUAUACUGUAUUGGGUGCCUUUU